AGAAGUUGCAUCUCUUCAGUCUUCUUACAAAUCUGGAACACAAAUAUAUAAACAACAUUAUUAUAAUUAUCAUUUAAAUAUUAAAGAAUCUAUUUCUAUAAAAUCAUGUCUGUUUUCCGGAGGAGGAGGAAAUGGACCUGGGCUCGGGUUUGGGUUUUAUUCGUGAUGGUGGCUUGUGCGCAAAGUGUGAAUGAUCCCAGCAAUAUGUCUCUGGUGAAGGAAACUGUGGACCGACUGCUGAAGGGAUACGACAUCCGGCUCAGACCCGACUUCGGAGGUCCUCCAGUGAGAGUGGGGAUGAACAUCGACAUCGCCAGCAUAGACAUGGUAUCAGAAGUCAACAUGGACUACACCCUGACCAUGUACUUCCAGCAGGCGUGGCGAGAUAAACGCCUCUCGUACUCGGAGAUCCCCCUGAACCUCACGCUGGAUAACCGGGUGGCCGACCAGCUCUGGGUCCCGGACACGUACUUCCUCAACGACAAGAAGUCCUUCGUUCAUGGUGUGACGGUGAAGAACAGAAUGAUCCGCCUCCACCCGGAUGGCACGGUGCUCUAUGGACUGAGGAUUACUACAACUGCAGCCUGCAUGAUGGAUUUGAGACGAUACCCGCUGGAUGAACAAAACUGUACUCUGGAAAUCGAAAGCUACGGCUACACGACGGAUGAUAUCGAGUUUUACUGGCGAGGCGAAAACAGCGCGGUGGCGGGAGUGGAGAGAAUAGAGCUGCCUCAGUUCUCUAUCGUCGACUACAAGCUCAUCGCCAAGAAGGUGGUUUUCUCUACAGGUGCUUACCCUCGGCUGUCCCUCAGCUUCAAGCUGAAGAGGAACAUCGGCUACUUCAUACUGCAGACCUACAUGCCUUCCAUCCUGAUCACCAUCCUGUCCUGGGUCUCCUUCUGGAUCAACUACGACGCCUCCGCUGCCCGAGUCGCUUUAGGUAUUACAACCGUGCUCACCAUGACCACCAUCAACACACAUCUGCGAGAGACGCUUCCUAAAAUCCCGUACGUCAAAGCCAUCGACAUGUACCUGAUGGGCUGCUUCGUCUUCGUCUUCCUCGCCCUGCUCGAGUACGCUCUCGUCAACUACAUCUUCUUCGGACAGGGACCUCAGCGACAGAAGAAGGCGGCGGAGAAAGCGUCCAACGCCAACAAUGAGAAAAUGAGGAUGGAUCCCAACAAGUGGUUGAUGGGAAAUGUAGUUCAGAGAAACGAUGCUCUGUAUGCCAGAAUGAAACCGAGGGAUAUUGACGCUCAUGACUCGAUGUGGGAACCGAUCUUUGUGGACGAUGCGGCGAUAGGACUAGGCGAUCAAAAGAAUAAGAUGGACCCUCACGAGAACAUCCUGCUCACGCCUCUGGAGAUAAAGAACGAGAUGUCACCAUCAGAAUUAGCUCUGGGUCUCGGUGACCCGCGCAGCACCAUGCUAGCAUACGACACCUCUGCGCUACAGUACCGGAAAGCGGGACUCGGGCGGCAGAACUUCGGACGGAACGCGCUGGAACGUCACGUUACUCAGAAGAAAAGUCGACUGCGGAGACGAGCCUCGCAGCUGAAGAUCACCAUCCCCGACUUGACUGACGUGAACUCGAUCGACAAGUGGUCGAGGAUGAUCUUCCCCACCGUCUUUUCCUUUUUCAACGUCGUCUACUGGCUCUACUACAUCAACUGAGCGGAGCGUUCCUGUUUCAGUUCUCGUUUUAAAGCGUUCUGCUCUUUGUUUUGGUAAUUCUGUGUUCCAGUACUGCUCCCAACACGUCCUGCAUUACAUACGUGGAAACAGGUGUGAAGGGAAGAGAACAAUGUAGCGGAAAAAAAAAUUUAUUUAAGUUUUCGAGAAAACCAUCUAAGAAAGUGUUACGUACAGUACUGGAACACAGAAAGGAUAUUUUAAUACCUUAUUAUAUAAAAUUAUUGCUAGUUUAUGGUUUAUCAUUCCUUAAUUGCUGGCUAACGACCACGCGUUUUACACAUUUAGACAUUACGAUCAGUUCUACAGUGUGUUUAAAUGUUUACAUUUAUUUAUUUAUUUAUUUAUUUAUUUAUUAUUACUUGUGCUUUUCCACGUCCUUCUUACAAUAUUACAAAGCAAAACUGCCAGCGAGUGAAAUUAACUCUUUAAUUAUUUUUUUUUCUAUUCUUGAUUUGUUUUUAUUUUGUAAAAUAUAAAAAUGAUCACAUGUAGUUCAAUUAGAAACUUUAGAAUAGUUUUGGUAUAUUUAUCUUUAUAUUUUAUUAAUGAUUUUCUAGACCACAAAACUAAGAAGGAAACCCUGUUUUCACUCGAACCAAGCUGCUGUUCUUUAGCAUCUUUAAACAGUUUAAUUAAAGGAUUAAUAAAUAAUUAAUUAAACGUAUUUAUACCCUUAAUAUUUUUCAUGUUAAUUCAUUUAAAAUAUAUAUAUAUAUUUGAAAUUCAAUAUAAUUUACAGUAUAUAGAGAUCAUGUAAAUACAGAUUAAUUUAAAUACAGAUUAUGCAAAGACGCCUGAAGAGGUUCAGUGAGGUCUCAUAUUAAUAAAAUCUUUGAAAAAUAAAUUAAUCAUGUUUAAUAAAUUAAUGCAUUUCUUCAUUUUUUUUCCCAUAAAAAUAAUAAUUAUCAGAUUUUUUUCCUUUGUUUUUUUUUUCCUGUAUUUUCUAAAUGCAGCCAGCAGCUAAGGAGUCUGGGACAAAACAAUCUAAUAACAUUUCUCUCUUUGUCUUUUUUGCUCUAUUUACUGUAAAUAUGAGUUGUAUAGGAUUGUUAUAUGUAUCCGGAUCAAGUACGCAUUAUUACUAUUAAGCAUAUAUGUGUGUGUUUACAUACGGAAUGAGCUGUUUCUUUAUAACGAUGUAAAAGAAAAACGCCUGAAGGAAUCAGAAUGAGAGACACUGACGCCGAGACCCGGCCUGCUACAGUGUCUUUAUUUCUAAGUUUGAUUUGAUCAGGAAACAAAAAAACGACAACUUGAACCCAACAUACUCUUCUUAUCUUUUACGGCAGAGGAUGUUAAAAUCUUUCUAUCUAACCUUCAGACUGAAUGCCUGUAAAUGACGAAGCACAAUAUGGAGUGGUGUUGAGUCAGGAGGAGAGAAAAGGUUCAUGACGCUCUCUCUGAAGCUUCAUCUCCAUCACCGUCUCAUCUUUAUUUUCUCAAAGCACUUUGAAACAUGAACUCUAAUAAUGCCUCAUAACCUUCUAAUAACAUCUCUCAUGUAUCUGUGAUGCGUUAUGAACGUUGUGUACGCAGGAAUGUGCCAAUAAUCAGUCGUGUGAUGGACUGCCGUGUUUUAAACGCAUGAUGUUUCUCUGCCUCUGGACUUCAGCGAGCCGACCGCUUCAGCUUCACUUCCUGUGCUUUUAUUCAUCACUUUUUCCUCUUUUUCUCUUUAUGUCUGACUGUCAUGUUUGUGAAUCACCAGAGAUCGUUUCCAUGGAUACAUUUAAACAGAUGUUGUUACCAUGGUAACAGGUACUCUAAAGCUGUUUCCAUGGUAACAUUUAGCUGAGAGUUUUUCAUCGUUGCAGGUAAACAGAUUCGGUUUCAGUCCUUAUUCGUUUCCAUGGUUACAUUCAGCCAGAGGUCACUUCCACGAUACAUUCGGACAGAAUUGAUUUCAUGGGGACGUUCAGUUCCAUGAGAGUCGUUUCCAUGGUUACAUGUAGUCCUAAAAGGUUUCUAUGGCUAUGUUCAGCCACAUGUCAUUGCUAUGGUUACGGUCAGUCUGAGGUUGUUUCCUUCAAAAUUUACAUUUUGUUUGAAAUUGUUUCCGUGUUAACUUUCAAUCUAAAAAUCUUUUCUAAUACUACUGUACAUUCAGCCAGAAGUUCUUCCUAAAAUGUACGUUAUUAUUAGCACAAGCCUGGUUUUUAUAAUUAGUGUAUUUUUAGUUAAAAGUAUCAUCAUUAUCAUCUUCAUCAUCAUGUGACCUGCACUGCUGUACACUGAUAUCUUUAAAGCAUAUUCCAGUUAUGUAUUUAACAUUUAUUAGCAACUUAUAAUGUUCUAUCAUAAGUAGUACUUAGGACACACCAGGCUACGCUAGCUAAUAUCCUGAUAGAUAAACGGUUCGUUAGCAGCGGGUGUAAAAUUUAGUUGUUUAUAUAAAUCCAGGCAGAAGGAUUAAACAGGAAGUCUCGUUAGCAUGCACAGGAUGUCAUUUGGGCCGGUGUUAGAGUGAAGACACUGACAAGACAUUUGUAUAAUCGUGUCCUGGUUUAUUUAUUUCUAUCGCAUUACUCUUUAUCAUUCAGACGCUAUAUAGAAAAUCACUGCUAAUGAAAAAUCCUUCUGUUGAACGGUGUGUUGUUAGCGACAGUGCGAGAGCAAUCAGGGCUUCCUGUAAACGUCACCGGUGUAAAUACGGCGUAACGCUAAACACCCGAUUCCUGUAAAUACACUUCAAUUUCUAAUGUUUUAUACUUCACUGUUACAGCAUGGACAACAGCAGAACUGACAGAUCAAUAAUGUAAAUAUUCUCAAAAUAAAAUAGCCCACGUCAUCAACAACACAAAGUCCAUUUUAGCUAAGAGAGAAUGUUCUGAUUGCUCUGUGCUGCUGAUUUUAUGACUUUACUGACAAUGACAGAGUAUGAACACUGGGAAAUAAA